CGUGAACAAAUAAACUGAUUUCUUUCAAAUUCUUGAUUAGAUUUCAUUCCAUUAAAAAACUCCACGAUCUCGAAGAAAUUCCAGAUGUUGAUGAAUGUAAUGACAACUGUGAGCAUGUCUUGGUGCCCUCAGCCCUGGUUUUGAGAUACUCCCUCCAUCCUAAAAUAAAUGUUACACACAGUUUUAGAAAUAUUAAUUAGUACACUUUUAAUUAUCCAAAUGACAAUUUUACCCUUAAGAAUUGAGGGAGUAAUGAAUUUUUCUAUCUCGUAAUUAAGGGUAAAACUGGAAAUUCGGCACUUAUUUUUAGAAGUGGACACUACUAAAAUAGAAAUGUGGACACUUAUUUUGGGACGGAGGGAGUAGCUAGUAUCCAUCCUUUCGGUGUUUCUAUCAAUUGAUGGCUUGUACCAUCUAAAAUUUUCGGAUUUUAGGGCUUGAAAGAUGUUCUGGAGCCAUAUGGACAGGAUCUCAAAAAUGGGGUCCUCAAAGGAGUUACUCCUUUCUGAUCCUGUGUCCGAGCUGGAUGGCGAUGGCGAUGGCGAUGGCGAUGGGGAUGUCUCUGAACAAAUACUAUAUGCGGCUUCUUUCGAAGAAUUUGCUUCAAGUAUUAUAAUGUACGAUACCAUUAUAUGGGUUUCGAUAUCAUUGUUGCUGGUUUUAGCUUGGGGAGUUGGCGUCAUCAUGUUGCUCUAUCUUCCCAUGAGACGUUAUGUGCUUUCAAAAGAUCUAUCUUCACGAGAACUUUACGUUACUCCUUCUGAAGUAGUUUACAAGGUGUCAAGACCAUCGUUUAUACCCUUUUGGGGGGUCGUUAAUCUUGAAAGACGUAUACCUCUUGCUCUAGCGAUCGAUAUUAUCAUUGAACAAGGUUGCUUGCAAGCGAUGUUUGGAAUUCAUACCUUCAGAUUCGAAAGUAUAGGACAAGGAAAAGCUUCUUAUGUUGAUGAAUUACAACUUCAAGGUGUCUCUAAUCCUGAACUUCUAAGGAAGGUGAUAGUAAAAGAAGCUUCAAAGGUUAUACAAGAUGCUGGUAGAAGUUGGAGAGUCUCAGUCCAUGGUGCUGAACCAGAAAGCCCUUCUCAUAUAAGAUCUUUUACAGAGGCAUCAAAUUUAAGAUCACCAAGAAGAAGUUGGCAGCAGGCGGUGGGUUCGCCACGAGCAUCUUUUGCAGAACAAAGAGGGGUGAUUCGUGCAGACUGGCUAAUAAACAAAAUGGAGGAAGUCAGCAAAUCUAUGAAGAAAAUAGAGGGUAUUGUAAACAAGGCUCAAGCAACUAGUACAACGAACUAAAGAAAUACAAGCCAAAUUGCCAAAAGCGUGCAAGAAGAUUGCAGAGAAAACUCAAGCUACCACGAGUGGUCGUUGUCGUUAGAGAAGCGUUUUUGAUCGAUUCUUGAUUCUCUUUGAAACCCAGAAGAGGUUUCAACUGUUUGUCGAUAUUUAGAAGUGAAAGUGAUGAUCAUCCUGUAAUGUAUUUACAAUCAAAUAAAGGAGUUCAGUUUUUACUUG